UUCAGGUCAGGUGGCCAUUGACAUCGGUGGAAUCAGCUGCGUUUGCGAAGCAAAACUCUUCUCGGUUAGGACAUUCACCUCGAAACAGCAGCGGGAGUGAGCUGGAAGUGUAUUAACAAGAGAAAUGGAGAAGGCUUUUACCCCCACCGGCGACGCCACACUGGACCAGGCGCUGCAGCUGUGGCUGCAGUACGACCAAAACCCCAAAACCGUGUCAAUGGUGCAGGAGCUGGCGAAGAAGGGGGCGGUGGAGACUCUGAGGAAAUGUUUCUCCUCCAGGAUGGAGUUUGGUACGGCGGGACUGAGAGCAGCCAUGGGCCCCGGCAUUUCCUGCAUGAACGACCUCACCAUCAUCCAGACCACGCAGGGUUUCUGUCGCUACCUGGAACAGAGUUUGGGAAAUCUCAAAGAGCGAGGGGUGGUGAUCGGGUACGAUGCACGGGCCCACCCUCCCAGCGGAGGCAGCAGCAAGCGUUUCGCCAGCCUGGCUGCAGCAGUUUUCAUCAGCCGAGGGGUGCCAGUGCACCUCUUCUCUGACAUCACCCCUACACCCUUCGUGCCUUUCACCGUUUCUCACCUGGGUCUGUGUGCUGGUAUUAUGGUCACUGCAUCACACAACCCCAAACAAGACAAUGGAUACAAGGUGUACUGGGAAAAUGGAGCCCAGAUUGUGUCUCCUCAUGACAAAGGUAUCGCAAAAGCCAUUGAGGAGAACCUGGAGCCUUGGCCCGAGUCCUGGGACACUGAGAAGGCCCUGAAAAGCCCCUUGCUCAAAGACCCGUACCAGGACAUCCACACAGAAUACUUCAAAGCCAUCCAGAAACUCUGCCACCACAGGGAUAUAAACAAAAGCUCAGAGGUGAAAAUAGUGCACACAUCUGUGCAUGGCGUUGGUCACACUUUUGUCCAGUCAGCUUUCAAGGCUUUUGACCUUCACCCUCCCCACGCGGUGGAGGAACAGAAGGAUCCAGACCCUGAAUUUCCCACCGUCAAAUACCCUAAUCCUGAGGAGGGAGAGGGAGUGCUGACGUUGUCUUUUGCUCUUGCAGAAAGGGAAGGGGCCACUGUGGUGUUGGCAAAUGACCCUGAUGCUGAUCGGCUGGCUGUUGCUGAGAAGCAGGAGAGUGGACGGUGGCGAGUGUUCAGUGGCAACGAGUUGGGAGCGUUACUUGGCUGGUGGUUAUUCUCCAGCUGGAAACAGGACAACCCUGACGUUGCAGCCGUAAAAAACAUCUACAUGCUGUCCAGCACCGUCUCUUCCAAAAUACUGCGAGCCAUUGCUUUGAAGGAGGGCUUCCACUUCGAGGAAACACUAACAGGAUUCAAGUGGAUGGGGAACAGAGCCAGAGACCUCCUGGACCAGGGGAAGACUGUUCUGUUUGCUUUUGAGGAGGCCAUAGGAUAUAUGUGCUGUGACUCUGUUUUGGACAAGGAUGGCGUCAGUGCCGCAGCCAUAGCAGGAGAGAUGGUCUCCUAUAUAGCCACAAAAAACAAAAGCCUGUCUCAACAGCUUACUUCCAUCUAUGGAGAGUAUGGCUACCACAUCAGCAAGAACUCCUACUUCAUCUGCCACGAUCAGGUCGUGAUCCGCAGUCUGUUUGAGCGUCUGCGCAGCCGUGGUGGCAAAAAAGACUCUUAUCCCACUGAAUGUGGUCGCUUCUCCAUCAGCGGCGUUCGAGACCUGACCACCGGCUAUGACGACAGCCAACCUGGCAACAAAGCUGUUCUUCCCACCUCCAGUUCCAGUCAAAUGAUCACCUUUACCUUCUCCAAUGGGGGUGUAGCAACGAUGAGAACCAGCGGUACUGAACCAAAAAUCAAAUACUACACCGAGCUCUGUGCUGCUCCCGGAAACAGUGAUGUGACACACCUGAAGAAGGAACUGGAUGACUUGGUUGACGCCAUCAUUGAAAACUUCUUCGAGCCGGAGAAGAAUAAGCUGCAGCCCAAGCCCGAGUAGUCAUGACAGACUAGAAAUAACCAGACCCACUAUGAAGUCCCGGACCAACGGUUUACUAAUGUCUUACUUCGGAGGAGAUACCUGAUUUAUUACACACUUAAACUUGAUUUCUAACUAUGCUAAUUAUAAUUUAUAUCUUUGUUUCCAUUUGAACCAGUGAUUACUUUUUUAUUUUUUAUUUUUUUUUAUGCUUUUUUAAAAACUUUUUACAUAAUUAGAUUUAUUGGAACAUCUAACCUCCAUAUUGAGUUUUUACAGUUAGCCAUGCUUCAGUUUUGUUUUUGCAUAUUAAGGAUUUUGAUCCUGUUUCACAUUCAGCAUUAUACUUUUUUUUUUUUUUUUUACCAAGUGUAAUUCAGUUUUGAAGGUCAACUGUAAAAGUCUUAAGGCCUUUCUUCAAACACAGACUGGUGUUCCAUAGAUCCAGACCGCUGUACGUCACCUGUAUAUAACAAAGUGCACUAUGAAACCCACUGUGCUUUAACGUCAGGUGCUGCUAAUAUGAAGAGUGAGACGUGUAGGAUUCAACUUGAUAUUCUAGACUUUGAACGUGUGAACUUAUACUGUAGUAGCACAGGAUGUGACUACAUUUUUUUUAAGCAUCUCAUCAGUGAAGAAGGUGGUUCCAAAGCAAUGACGCCUCAAAGCCUAGAGCUCCUCCAGGUGGAGACAUUGUGCAUUAAUUUUAACAGUGUUUAUUUCUUGAUGUGAAUAAAUUGUACAACGCCAAAGGACUUUCCACACCUUUCAGCUCAGUAUAAAACCAAUAUACUUUUAUUUCCCAGUAACACUAGAAAUGUGCACAUAGUGGCUUGCAUUGGUGGGCAUUAUGAGUCUGGAAAGCUGAAAUAUUGUGUGAAAAUGUUUUCUUUUUUUUCUUUUCCAAAUAAAAACAGUUUCCACCAAAGCAAACUUUUGAGU